GCUCGCCGCGCUUCCGGCCGGGCCCCGCGCCCCACGGCCAUGGCGGCGCGGCCGGUGCGCGUGCUGGUGGACAUGGACGGCGUGCUGGCCGACUUCGAGGCCGGCCUCCUGCGGGGUUUCUGCCGCCGCUUCCCCGGGGAGCCGCACGUGCCGCUGGAGCAACGCCGCGGCUUCCUCGCGCGCGAGCAGUACCGAGCCCUGCGGCCCGACCUGGCGGACAAAGUGGCCAGUGUGUAUGAAGCCCCGGGCUUUUUCCUAGACUUGGAGCCCAUCCCGGGGGCCUUGGAAGCCAUGCGGGAGAUGAAUGACAUCGAAGGCACCGAGGUCUUCAUCUGCACCAGCCCCCUGCUGAAGUACGACCACUGUGUGGGUGAGAAGUACCGCUGGGUGGAGCAGCACCUGGGGCCCCAGUUUGUGGAGCGAAUUAUCCUGACAAGGGACAAGACAGUGGUCUUGGGGGACCUGCUCAUUGAUGACAAGGACACCAUUCAAGGUCAAGAGGAGACCCCAAGCUGGGAGCACAUCUUGUUCACCUGCUGCCACAACCAGCACCUUGUCCUGCCCCCCACCAGGAGGCGGCUGCUCUCCUGGAGUGACAACUGGAGAGAGAUCAUAGACAGCAAGCGGGAAGCUGCACGGCGGGAGCGAACGGGUCCUGCGGUGGGCAGAAGCUGAAGGGGAAGGAGGGGAAGGCGGGCCAGCAGGGAGUCCCCGCAGAGCCUGGUGAGGGGCACCACCGUCGAGCAGGCAGACACCGGUACCUCUGUGCUGGCACAGGCCCGGCCACCUGGCUUGUCCUCAGAUGGUUGCUCCUGGAGCACGGCUGGCAUGGAAAUACAGUCAGGACCCUUUUAAUAAAAGACUGUGGCU